AUGGAGCCUCAGCUGAAGCAGAUGCUCGUGCAAGGGGGGCUGGACCACGCCAUCCAGGGCUUUGUAGAAGGCGGCGUCACCACGGUGCAGCAGCUGAAGCAGCUCACCAUGCAGGACUACCACUCCGUCGGCGUCAUCGUGAUGACAGACCGCCGAAAGCUGUUUGAGCUCAUCCAGUUUCUGAAGCGCGGUCAGGCUAACGGUGGGUCUGCCGUGGGCGUCCCUGCCGUGUCCGCCAAGUCGCCCCCACCGGUCAGCAGCGAGCCGGCCGCACGUGCGCAGCCUCCUUCCCACGCACCGGCGGUUCCGGCACGCAUCCCAACUCCGGUGCGACGAGCCGCGGCGGCCCAAGAGGCCCCACCGCCGCCGCAGCAGCAACAACAAACUCCGCCGCAGCAGCUCUUCCAGCGUCGAGAGCGGGAGAAGGCGGCGGAGCAGCCCCGACCCGCCUCCACCCAGCGCCGCGAUCCUAACAGCAACGACGGUGACGCGGCCCGCCGGCCGGCGGUCAGCACGAAGCCCGUCUCGCGCCCACCGAGCCGCGUUGGGGCCUCCUCGCCGUCCCCUUUCGCACGGCGGCAGGCGACGGAGGGCAGCGGCAGCAGCAACGGUGCAGCUGGUCGUCGCCGUGGCAGCCGCAUCACCGUCGUGAUACGCAAGCGCCCGUUAAACGCCAACGAGCAGGCGGAUGGCCUCUACGACAUCCUCGCGACGGACCCCGAGAACAACCACACCAUCACCCUGCUGGAGCCGCGUCAGAAGGUGGACCUGACGCGCUACAUCGAGAAGCACCGCUUCACCUACGAUGUCGUGAUGGACGACCGCAAGAGCAACCGCGACGUCUACGAGGAGGCCUGCAGGCCGCUGAUUGAGACGGUGUUUGAGGGCGGAUGUGCGACCUGCUUUGCCUACGGCCAAACCGGCAGCGGCAAGACCUACACGAUGCUGGGCAAGGAUCACCAGGAGGGGGUGUAUCUGAUGGCGGCCAAGGACCUCUGGUCGCGGCUGAACCCCGGACACGGCAUCAACGUUUCCUUCUUUGAGAUUUACGGCGGCAAACUGUACGACCUGCUCAAUGAGCGGGAGCGUCUGGCCUGCCGCGAGGAUAGCCGCGGCGUGAUCAACGUGUGCGGCCUCACCGAGCACCGCGUCGACAGCACCCAACACCUAAUGGAGAUUAUCGACUAUGGUAACACGAUUCGCGCGGCCGGCUCGACCGGCAUGAACGCAGAUUCCUCCCGCUCGCACGCGAUUCUGCACAUCACCAUCGUCAACGAGAAGAACCGCUUCUUUGGGCGCUUCACCUUCAUAGACCUGGCCGGCAGCGAGCGAGGCGCGGACACGCUGGAUAGCGACCGCAGCACCCGGUUGGAGGGUGCGGAGAUCAACAAGUCGCUCUUUGCGCUGAAGGAGUGCAUCCGCGCGUUAGACCAAAACCACCGCCACAUCCCGUUUCGUGGGUCGAAGCUGACGGCGGUGCUGCGCGACUGUUUUACUGGGAACAGCCGGACGGUGAUGAUCGGCAACAUCAGCCCAGCGAGUGGGAGCUGCGAGCACACGCUGAACACGCUGCGCUACGCCGACCGCGUGAAGGAGCUGAAGAAGGACAAGUCAGCGCACAGCGCGGCGGAGGAAAUCAUGAUGGGUCAGAUGCCAACGGAACACAUCGAGACGAUCGGCAUCUCUGGCAGUUUUGCGCAGCGUCGCGCCAAGGAACGGGUCGCAACCAGCUCGCGCUCGUCCAGCCAAACCCGCACCCGCGAGCCGGGCACACCGAGCAGCAAGCUCGGUAAUAGCUUCCAGAAGCCGAACGACGACAGCUACGACAACACGUUACGCUCCAACCGCAGCUUUGGCUCUCGCCCGGUCUCCUCGAACUCACCGCAGCAGAAGCCGUACUACCGCGCCACCCCGACGCACAGCCGUGUGAACAGCGGCUACUCCUCUGCGGUUCCAACCCCGAUGGCGGACGCCUCGCCGUACGACAGCGGAGACAGCCUCGACAUCGAGGAGGACAACUUGAUUCUCGCGCACCGCCACCACAUCGACUCGAUGAUGGAGCUGCUGAAGGACGAAAUGACGCAGCUCAACGCCGCGGAGAACCCGGACAAUUCGAUGACGACGUACUGCCGCUCCGUAGAUCGCAUUCUCUCCUCGCAGGUGCGUCGCAUCGAGGAGCUGCGUCAACGGAUCGAGAAGUACAGCCGCCACGCGGACACACGUGGUCGUCGGUAG